AGGGGGAGGGGCGAAAGCGAUUGAGAGAGAGAGAGAGAGGCAGGUAUGGAGGGAGGGAAACAAGAGGAUGAGAGAGGAACGAAGCCAACCAACCAGCUGAAAGAGAACGAGCGAUCGGGGCUGUUUGAACGUGGCAGGGAGAAAAGGAGGGAGGAGGGAGAGAGAGAGGGUGAGAACGAUUGUCAGAUCCGAGGAAAUAGAAGUGUUACUAUUGCACGGCUUCUGGAGCGGUGUCUGCCCGCUGAGGAUAGGCAUUGGCUCCCAGCGCUCACCGGCUCACAGGACACGCUCUAAAAUGUAAUUUCCAAAGGCCUAAUUGUUGCCACGGUGAUUUAUUUUCCUUCAUUUCAUUUUUCUUUCUUUUUUUUGUUUUAUCUGCCUUCUCUCUCUCCUCUCCUUCUCUUUUUGUCAUUGCUGUAUUUCCCCCCCGUUUUUUACCAGCUGCUGGAUUUUCCCCUUCUUUUAUAACUGCUGUCAUUCUCUCCAUUUACAAAGGAAGGAUCUACAAAUAGCGGCAACCACAGCAAGACAUGUGUCUCUGGGGAUGAUGCCGUUGCCGCUGGUGCCACUCUCCCUGUCGCCAUGACGAUGCCGCUCAGCCCCCUCUCCAGCGACGAGGAGCAGCAAAGGAUGCUGGGAAACAGUAAACACCUUUAUCCAGGGGCGGAAGAGGAAGAGGAAGAGGAGGAGGAAGAGGAAAUGGAUGAUGAUGGCAUGGAUGAGGAAGGCGAGGAGGCGAAUGGAGAGCUGGAGUUGGAUGAUGAAGAGGAUGUAGACGAUGAAGAUGACGUCAGGCGAGGACCAGGGCGUUCGAGAGGAGGCAGGGAAGAGGGGCACAGGCAAAAAGGCACAAUGGCUGGACGACUUCCAGGAGACAGACCGCUACGCCCCGGCAACCCAGGCCAUACGGCCAACCCAUAUUCGUCCAACCCUGGACCCACCCACCAAUCACAGACUAAUCAGCAACAGCAGCGGAAGCUACGAGAGCGAAGCUCAAGCAACGCACCUGAUGACACGCACAUAGCUAUGAUGGUCUUUCGGAUUGGCAUUCCUGAUAUCAAACAGACGAAGUGUCUGAGGUUCAACCCUGAUGCAACCGUAUGGAAGGCAAAGCAGCAGGUGCUGUGUAGUCUCACUGAAUCUCUACGGGAUGUAUUAAACUAUGGCCUUUUCCAACCUGCUACUGAUGGGCACGAUGCCAAGUUCCUGGAGGAAGAGAGGCCGCUCCGCGAAUACCCACAAUCCUUUGAGAAAGGAGUACCCUAUCUGGAGUUCCGCUACAAAACCAGGGUGUACAAACAGACAAAUCUAGAUGAAAAACAUCUGGCCAAACUACACACAAAGGCCAGUCUGAAGAAGUUCAUGGACUACAUCCAGGCCGGGGCUGUGGAAAAGGUAGCCAAACUUGUAGACAAAGGACUUGACCCCAACUACCACGACCCUGAGACAGGAGAGACUCCACUCACUCUGGCUGUACAGACGGAGCCGGGUGGAGGGGAGAUCAUCAGGGUGCUGGUGAUGGGGGGAGCACACAUUGACUUUAGGGCAAAGGAUGGCUUGACCCCACUCCACAAGGCUGUCAGAGCACAUGCACACACUGCCCUACUGUCGCUGUUGUCUUUGGGGGCAUCUCCUGAUUAUAAAGACAGCCGUGGGUUGACACCACUUUACCACACUGUGCUUAUAGGGGGCGACACCUCCUGCUGCGAGACCCUCCUCUUCCACAGAGCCAAGCUGGGACUCCGUGAUGAGAAUGGCUGGGACGAAACCCAUCAGGCUUGUCAAAAUGGGAACUCUCAACACUUAGAGCACCUGCUUUUUUAUGGUGCAGACUCCUCAUCCCAGAAUGCCUCAGGAAACACUGCCCUGCACAUAUCUGCUUUAUAUAACAAGGAGAGUUGUGCCCGCAUUCUGUUGUAUCGAGGAGCCAAUAAGGACACAAAGAAUAACAGCGGGCAGACCUCCUUCCAGGUGGCUGUGAUGUCUGGCCAUUUUGAGCUGGGAGAAAUCAUUAAAAACCAUCGUGAAUCAGACGUAGUUCCCUUUGUGGAGUCUCCAAAGUAUGCCCCCCAGAGGAUGGAGAGUUCUCGUACUCUUGGAUUGCCCCAUCCUCAUCCCUUCUUGCGGGCCAACAGUGACAACAGCAUGAAUGUGCCAGACUGGAUUGCUUUUCCCAACGCUGCUGGAUCAAGCCUGGUCUCCGUGCAGGGUCUAAAGCAUGGUGGCACCUUGCGUAGCUCUAGCAGUCCCCGUGGAGCACGAACCCGUUCCCCGUCCCGUGGCCGAACAGGUGACCGAGACGAUCGGAGCCGGCAAACACGGGGAAGACAAGGAGCGGGCUCUAUCAGUAGUCAGGGCACAGCAAGCGGGCAGCGGCGGCGUCUCUACAGUGCCGUGCCUGGCCGUGUGUUUGUGGCCACCCGCUCGCACUCUGCCCAGGGGGACCGCGAGAUCAGCUUCAACAAGGGAGACAAAGUCAAAGUGUUGAGUGUGGGUGAAGGAGGCUACUGGGAGGGGACGAUUCGAGGGCGCACGGGCUGGUUCCCCUCUGACUGCGUAGAGGAGGUGGCUCUCCGGAGCCUGGAGCCUCGUUCAGAGAGCCGCAGUGAUAGAGCCAAGCGACUCUUCCGACAUUACACUGUUGGAUCCUACGACAGCUUUGACGCACCCAGUGACUACAUAAUCAAGGAGAAGACAGUCCUCCUGCAGAAAAAAGACAAUGAAGGUUUUGGCUUUGUGCUGAGAGGAGCCAAGGCUCAGACCCCUAUAGAAGAGUUCACUCCCACCCCAGCUUUUCCAGCACUGCAGUACCUUGAGUCUGUCGACGAGGGAGGCGUGGCUUGGAGAGCUGGUCUGCGAAUGGGAGACUUCCUUAUCGAGGUGAAUGGUCAGAAUGUGGUUAAGGUGGGACACAGGCAGGUGGUCAAUAUGAUCAGACAAGGCGGCAACAGCCUCAUGGUCAAGGUUGUCAUGGUUACCCGAAACCCUGAUAUGGAGGAAGGGGUCAGAAAGAAAAUCCCACAGCAGAGUAAAAGGCUGAGCACACCAGCUAUCGCUCUGCGUUCCAAAUCCAUGACAUCAGAACUGGAAGAGAUGGUGGACAGAGCCUCUGCCCCAUGGAAAAAAAAAUCAGAGUUCGAGUCUUCACAAGCUACAGAGAAGAAGAGGACAGUUUAUCAGAUGGCUUUGAAUAAACUGGAUGAGAUUUUAGCAGCAGCACAGCAGACUAUCAGUACCAAUGAGGCCCCAGGGCCCCGGGUACAAGGGGUAAAAAGAGAACGGGGCAGAGGCUUUUAUAAUGAGCCAAGUUUCGAACAAGUGGGAAUGGGGAUGACAUCAUCUGGGGCAGGGUUAGGAUAUGACCGUGGUCAAUUUAUGUCUGGCCAUGGCCCCCCGCACGGUAUGCUGCGACAAAAGUCCAUCGGUGUUCCAGAGGAGGAGAAGCAGCUCCUUCAUCCUCCAGCCAUGAAGUUUGCCCGCAGUCUUUCAGUACCUGGGCCAGAUGACAUCCCUCCUCCCCCUACUACAGCUCCCCCUGAGCCCCCUUUCUCCUCAGCUCCCCCUCUUGGCUUUAGGGGCAAGACAUCCCAGCAGCCGUCUGUUUCUGUGUCCCAAUCCACUUCCUCUUCUGCACAUUUUCAGCUCUACUCGCAGUCAGUGCAUGUCACUCAUGGACCCAGAGACAGGUCCCCUGGACCACCUGCUGGGUCUGGAACUGGGGACCUCCCUUACUCCCAUGCUCAAGCCCACCCCUCUGUGCCAAGUAGGACUGCCUCCAGGAAGGUGAUUGGGUACACAGGGGACCUUGCAGGGGCUGGAGGAGCAGCAGGGGCCAAGGCUUCAGCACUGAGAAGGGGCUACAGCAAUGCAGUCCCACCCACUAGUGUUGCUACUGUUAUUCCCCAACAGCAGCAGACUACUCAGAGCCAACCUUCCAGAGUGGACCGCAGUGUGAUAGGGGUAGGAGCAGGGGCAGGUGGUGUGCCAAAAGGUGGUGCCCGGAGAGGGAAGGUGCCCUUGGUGAAACAGUCAAAGGUAGAGGAUUUGCGUCAGGGCCAGGGCACACUGGAAGGGAAGGGAUCAGUGGAGAAGAGCUCAAUUCCUAUCCCAACAAUCAUCGUUAAAGCCCCUUCCACCAGCAGCAGUGGUCGCAGUAGCCAAGGCAGCAGCAUGGAGGCUGAACUGGCUCCUCCAGGAGAGAGUGACAGUUCUAAACCCCAACCUGUUGUUCCCCCACCUGCGCCCACCGUUCCACCGCCAGCCCCUCCAUCUAGACCUGCUCCACCACCCCCAUCACUGCCAUCACUUCGUACUCAAGAGAGUUUGGACUUUACCAGCCAGUUUGGUGCUGCCAUUGUAGGGGCAGCUCGCAGGGAUCGAGAACGAUUUCAUGAAGCACGACGGAAGAGUGCCUCCUUUUUUCUUUCUGCUGAGGAAGAGUUGGGUGGAGCAGGAGAAGCGGGAGGACGGACCCAGACUUCCCAGCAGCAGCUGAGUUCCCAGCCUUCACCACGCCUGCGACCAUCCAAAUCUAUAGAUGAAGGCAUGUUCUCAGGUGAUACUUUUAUCCACCACACACGCAGUAUGCCUCCUGCCUUUGGCCUGCCGGAGUACUCCUCACCUGCUCCUCCUGGGGAUUACCAGCCUAAGUCUGUACCUGCUGACUUCUAUGGGGCGGGAGGCCGACAACAGCAGCAGCAGCAAACCUCCACCACAACUUUCAUACACCCCUUAACGGGAAAAGUUCUGGACCCUUCAUCCCCACUAGGGUUGGCAUUGGCUGCACGGGAGCGUGCCUUGAAAGAUGAUGGUCGCAUACGCAGGGAGAGGACCACUGAACAUCAUUUUAGCCGUCAGUUGUCCAACAUUGGGGCCUUUCCCUCAUCCACUGCACAACCUACUUCACACAUCUCUUACUCAAUGGCCUCGUCUUCCUCUGCAACCUCCUCUGCUGCUCAGUCCUCAAGCUCCUCCUCGUACCUUGUUACCUCCUCAUCGCUAGCUGCCACCACCACAUCCACUCGGCCUCCAUCUCCCAGGAUCCUGCGUGGAGCAGGAAGCAGCUGGGGUGAGGAAGCAGGGGUUGGAGAGCGUGCAGAUAGGGAGGUUGCUGGCACCUCUGCUCCCAGAGAAGGCCUAAGGGUUCGUUUCUCUGAGGAUAAAACUGUCCACACACACCACUAUCAAUCUCAGCACUAUCAGCCCACCUACAAGGAGCGUGAACGAGAGCGUCAGAGAGAGAGGUCACGAGAAAGAGAGAGGGAAAAAGAGAUAGAAAAAGCUCAGACCCAGUUACAGCAGCAAUCCACACAGCCAACAACCCAGCAGCCUCGACGCCCCUCGUUCUUGAGGAUGGAGAGUGAGGCUGGUGCAUACAUCCUUUCCUUGACACCACCUUCUCCAACUCCAACAACAGCCCCUACACGUCCUUCAACAGGAGCUGCAGGUGAAGGUGAAAGUGGCACAGGUUUGAUGGUUCUCCCUCCCCCAGCUCCCUCAGUAGAUGUUGAUGAUGAGUUUGUGUUUGCUGAUCCACUCCCUCCACCUCUGGAGUUUGCCAAUAGUUUUGAUCGUGGUUUAGGUUAUUCUGCAAUGUUGUCUCACAAUGUGACAGCCCGCCAGCAGCUCCAUGCUCCACCACCACCUCCCCCACCACCUCCUCCCCCUCCAAAAGACUCCUUUAUGACUGGGUUCCCACCUCAUACACCCCUGCCCUCACCGCAGGCAGGAGAUUCUACAACUUCCAGCCUUACUUCCUAUGACAGUGAGGUUGCCAACCUCACCCAGUCAGCCCCCUCUCCCUCUUCAUCUUCCCCCAACCCACUACCCCCUCCCUCCCCCUCCACCUUGCAGCCUUCUGGGCCGCCUCCACCUCCUUCUGUAUCACCUCCGCCACCACCCACCUCCUACCAUAGACCGUUUGGCCUAUCUCAGUCACAGCACUUAUACAACAGUACAAAUUUAGCCAGACGCUCCUCUUCUCCCACACCACCUCCUCUCUCUAUUCCAGCUCCACCUGCCUACCGGGGUCCUCCAGCAGCAACAUCCACCCCAGCAACUUCUGUAUCUCUCAGAGGCGCCCCAACUGUGACCGCAAGCUAUUCCACAACUGCUUCUACAACUGUCAUCUCUUCUACUACUGCUGCUGCUGCGGUCACACCACACACACGCUUAGCAACUGUCUCAACAGUAGCUACAGGGGGUAGCAGGCGGCCCAGUGCAGAGCAUCAUCCACCACCCAGUGCCGCUGCAGCUAAGAGUGGCGAGUCCCAGGAGACAGUGGUGGAUUCUGGGAUUGAGGAGCUGGAUAGCCGAAGCAGCAGCGACCAUCACUUAGACAACAUCCUUGCACGCAGUGGUAGUGGGGUCAGAGAAAGGUUGGAGAGAGCAGGGAUGGGUAGCAUAGGUGGAGCUGGCGAGAGAGUUGGGGCAACAGAUGCCGACAGAACAAGUGGGGCUGAAUUUUUAGAGUCUUACAUGAGCUAUCUUGAUGGACAGACUUUUGAAAUGCACAAUGCCAAAGCUGCAAGCACUGCAUCCACCUACCCAAAAACACAGAGGUACAGAGAAGGGAGCCGGGCUGGAGAUCUUCAACAUCAAACCAGCACGGCACCCCCUGCAUACCACCGUCGUAGGGAGGAGGAAGAGGAGGAGGAUGAGGCAGAAGAUGGAGAGGAGGAGGAUGUAAAUGCCCGUGAUGGCUAUGGAAUGAGGGAAGGGCCAGGGAUCGCUCGCUCCUCUGUAAUGUACUUUGACCGGCCCCGCACUCCAGAGAUAAAACCGCUGUGGGGUGAUGGGUCGGCCGGAGCGGCGCAGUCCAUAGUGGAGGGAGGGGUUCAGACUGGGGGGACAUAUGUGGAGGCACGUAAACUACAUCCUCCCAUGUCCGGUAUGAAGGCAAGCAUCAUCAAUGAACUAAGCACCAAAUUACAACAGAGGAGCAAAGGAACAGAGAACUGGGGAGCUCAGAGAUCACUGAGCAGACAUAGGUUCUCAGAGGACUCCACAGGUGCACUGAGUCCUCCCUCUGUCCGCUCUAGCUCCCCAUCUCCUGUUCAGCUCUCUCAGCCUGCCUUGUCUCCCUCCCCCACCCCUUCUUCCCAGCCGCUCUACCCAAACUGGGCUCGAUCUCCUUCACCUCAGCCCCCUGCUGCCUCAUCCCAGCCUCCUCCCCGAUCCCACUCACCUGUUUCACCCUCUUCAUAUUCACCGUACCCCACCUCACCCAAACACCGGCCUGUUUACCGCACCAAAGCCCUGGAGUUUCAAUUUAUCCCCAGUCGAGAUUCACGUAAGGCAGAGUCACAUCACGCUCAGCGCAGACGAGCACCCAGCCCAUUAAUUUCUCCCUCUGACCGCCCCAAGCUUGGCCCUCCCCGCCCCUCUUCCCUUCCCAUUCUCCCCACCACGCCCCUCUACAGCAGCUUGUAUGACCUCCGUGGUUCUAUUACUCCACCCUCACCUGCCAAUCCUCUUGGGGACCCCUACUUCUCCCCCUCUCCCCCUCUCUUUGCCCCCUCGGGGGCUCCACCUCCAAAUUCCUCUCUGAUGGUUUCUCGCUCCUUGUCCCCCACCCACUUCCUGUCAGGGACAUCAUCCCCACCACUCCACCCCAUUCCUCCACCCACUUGCCUAAGUUAUCCACACCUCCCACCUCCUUCACCCACCAAACCCUUUGCCUCCAAACCCCUCCCAUACUGGACCAAGUACGAUGUUGCUGAUUGGCUGGGCUACCUGAACCUGAGUGAGCACAGGGAGCGCUUCCUAGACAACGAGAUUGAUGGCACGCACCUGCCCUCUUUAACCAAGGACGACUACCUGGACUUGGGUGUGACCAGGGUUGGCCAUCGCAUGAACAUAGAGAGAGCGCUCAGGAGAGUGAUGGACAGGCUGUCUUCUAGCACUUUCCCCAUUUCUGCCCUCUCCUCCCGAGAUGAACGGACAGACAGAAGGAGAGAUGAGGCCAACCGGAGUUGAGAGGACAAGAAAGAUGAGUUGACAACUGCUGCCAUCAGAGAUUAUUCCCUGAAUUAAGAAAAAUGCAGGAAGAGAUGACUUCAACAUCAAACUGCCGACUCACAGAUGGAGAGAUACAGGAGAAACAGAGAGCAUUGAAGGCCUGUCGAACUGUGAACAUGCCUGCGCUUACGUGUGUUUCAGUCAACAAAAACAUGAACACCCACAUACCCAUCCGUACAGAUCAACAUUUAAACAGAACACACUUAGUUUGAGCUUGCAGGCACUCACAAGGUGAAUAAAAUGGAAAUAAAUGAAUCAAAUAUUGGAAUCUAACUCUAUAAGGAUACCCAGGUUCAACAAGAGAAGGUAACAUACUACAUACCUGAGCCAAAUAAUUUGAGGGAAACAAUUAAAAUGCUAUUUCCUGUUUUUCUGUAGGAAGAGAUAGGGAGAAAGAGAGAUAUUGAAACCUCCUUUGCUAUCUUUCUCUUUUUCUCAGAGCUGAGUCUGUAUUACCGGCAAAUAUUUACUGAUGGUCUCAUUUUUAAAGUAGGUCCAUGGAGACCAAUGCAGGGAGGACAAGUAAUGACAAACCUCCUGUCUGGUAUGACUAGGGAAGCCCUUAAAAUAGAGGUCAGUUUAACUUACACUUAUUUGGUAAGAUUGUGUUUAUGCUUGGGUUCCUGUUGUUUGUGUGUGAAUGUGUGUGUGCGCAUACUUGAUAAUGUGAAAGGUUAUCACUAGAGGCAUGACCGUGAUUUGUUAGGUGUUUUUACCUCACCAAUGGAGGGAUUCUAUUUUGCCGAAGCCAGAUUGGGGCUUGUGCUUAUCUUGUAUUUCACUAGAACUUCUUUACUUUCUCAUGUCUUAUAAUGAAGUUAUAUAUAGUUAUAUAUAAGUUAUAUAUAUAUAUAUAUAUAUAUAUAUAUAUAUAUAUAUAUAUAUAUAUAUAUAUAUAUAUAUAUAUAUAUAUAUAUAUAUAUAUAUAUAUAUAUAUAUAUAUAUAAUUUCAUUAUAAGACAUACAGACUGGUCACUGUAUUACAAACCCGUAGCAAAAAUAAGUGCCCAGACCAACAUAACAGCCACAAAAGCGCUCUACCACUCACACACAUGCACUCAGUACAUCCUCAGACUACUGAUAGCAACAUACAUAAAUGUACGUCAAAAUCUGUCGAUGACGAUAUACUCAUCUCUUUUACUUAUAUAACACAUAAUGGGACACAAUGAAAUAUCAAUGUAUGGAUACAAGAUGAAGAUAAUGCUAUAAGGCAAAAAAAAAUAUAUAUAUAUUUUAUUUUAAAGAAAGAAGAUUAUACAACAUUGUAAAAAGAAAAGUAUAUAUAUAUAUAUAUAUAUAUAUAUAUAUAUAUAUAUAUAUAUAGACUGAAAAUUUAUCAACAUUUUUACCACAGACUCUCAAAAUAUAGAGAUGAUGACUUUCAAUGAACCUAUCAACGAUAUCAAGCCUCCAUUUUAAAAGAGGAGACAAUAUGGAGACAAGGGAGAGGGAAAUCCAAACUGCCUGUAUUUCUUUCCAAGUCACUCUCUCUCUCUCCUUCCAAAAAACACUCUUUCUAUGGAGGCGAGGCAAGACGAACAUGCACUCUGACAUGGGUGAAGGAUGUGCUAAUAUCUGUUUUAAUACGAUGAUUGUUCCUAUAACAGUUUUUAAACUCUAAGUGGGUCUGGAGUUCUGUUGUUGAUUUAACAAGAGAUAAUGAUAUUUAUUGCAGUCACUGUUUUCAUCGUCCUUGCUGUAAUUGCUAUAAGCUGCAGUGUUUCUUGUUUGUUUGUGAGCACAAACGCUGAACAGGUGUUUCUGCUUGAAAUUCCUUUUUUUUUUUUUUGAGAUCACAUGCAACAUGUUCAGAUCUUUGGUACCUCUAGGACUUAAAUUAGAGACAAGAUACUCAUAUCUUACACUGUUCCUCACGCUCCUUCUUUUCCCCUUCCAACACAAAAUUAUUGUCAUCAAUUUGUAUGCAAGGACUAUCAAGAAGUUUACUGUCUGUGGCAGUAGAUACACGUUACAUUCAUAUUCCAUUACACAAUUUAUAAGUAAAUCUAGUGACCUCCAGCCCUCAUCUCCCACAUCACAAAUAGUUGCUCAAUCAAUUAAAAGGGCUCCUCAUCAUCACAUUGCACUUUUCAUGAGCCAUUCCUCUUCUUUUAUGUUCCUUUAAUCUGCUGUCAACCUUCAGUCCAAACCAUCAAUGCCUUCAGCUUAAUGUUAUCUUCCUGUCUGUCUCUUUCAGGACCAUCAAGACCAUUCCCCCCUUCAUCUCCCUCUGCCUUGCCCAUCUUGCAUCUGUUUGUCUUCUCAGAAUGAGUGUGGGAUUCAUCACAUCAUUCAUCACAGUGCUCGCUUUACCUUAAUCAACCAUAAUGGACAAAAAGAUUGAAGAACUUAUUGUAUUUUUGAUGUUUAAGACUGGUAAGUAUAGUGAUGUUGAUAACAGUAAGGACAAUGAAAGAAAUUAACAUUCUGAGAUGGAAAAAAAGGAUUCCAAGUUUUAAAGAAUCUCUGUCUUCCAAAUGUUUAACGUGUAAUUGAAUCAUGCUUUCUACACAUCCUGUGUUCCCUGUUGUCUCAUCUUUCCAGUCAAAUUCAUCAAACCAAAUUGCUUCAAUAGCAGCUACUGUACCCUGAUGAAUGGUUAAUAUUCUCACUUUUCAAUAUUGUCCACUAGGUGGAGUAAAAGUCACACUUCUCACAUCCUUGACAAUUUCAGUCGAGUGCUGAAUGAAGGAUUGGACCAUGCAAAAAAAAAAAUUAAAAAUAAAAUUCCAAUACUAAUAAAACAUAAAAUACAUAAAAAAUAAACUACCUUUUUCUGUUUGGGAGAGGGAAAUAUUUCACUCUUUGUUCAGUCCUCAAUUCCUGCAGCUUAGAUUGUCAUUAUUACAGCUUCUAACAGUAUUCAGACAUGCUUUCAUGCUCCAGAGAUAGGCAGAAUCAUGCUGAGGAUACAUACAUAUUGAAGAUCACAUAGCCAUUAAAGGGUCUGGGCAGUGCGACCUAAGACAAGUUCAUGGAUCACACACAGGGGCAACUGAUGCAGUAGCUGUCCAGGGUGUGCAGAAAGCAUCUUUUUUUUUUUUUUUUUUUAAAUUGAAGAAAAUGAACUAUGAACAGAUAAGAGGUUAUUUACAGAAUAUAUAUGUGUAUGCGAUUAUACAUAUUCAUAUACACAUAUGAAAUACAAAUGUUUUAAGAAAUGACUUAAGGUUAUUAGAAUUAUAAUAAAAGAUGCAGGAAUUACUCUGA